GGCCAACCGUCCAACUAUCCAAGCCCAAAAAAUACAACCCAAAAAACGAAAUCCCAAUACAUCUCCACAGACCAUGGGACAGCAAGACGCACACGCAGGGCGCUAAUCGGCACUCGACUCGGCCGCCACUUCAGUUCGUAAAUUUCAUUUCCUUCAUCCAGGUAACCAGGAAUUUCAUCAAGCAUGCGCUGAGAAUGUGGAAAAGAGGGCUUGACCCUCACUUGCUGUUUGUUGUCAGACGCUACUCCAAGCAAAGAUGUGACAAUUCUCUUAAGGAGCGUGUCAUCCGAGUUUCGAACAACGUUGCCCGUUUGGGCAGCCCCAAAGAAGGGUCGAAGCCACCACAGUUAAUGUCUUUGCCUCCAUUUUAUGGUCUCCAUUUGCCCAGAAAGAAGUGUGCUACCAGUCCCGGUCAGCCUUCUUGCCGAGUUACUGCCAUUAGCUGGCUCAAAUAUUACUUUGGCGAAAUACCUAGUCCUGUUAUUCAAUUCCAUUUUAAUAAGGGUCUGGUGCAGAUUGAAUGCAGUGAUAUAAAUGAUUCACCUAGCACUGUCAGUUCCAAAAUUUCCUUGAGAAAGAUUAGGCAUCAUGAGAUCAUGGAGAUGGGUGCAAGAGUUUAUGUACCUGUAUCUAUUGUAGAAUCCAAAAUUUCCAAGCGGUUUGAUAUAAUACCAAGUGGCACCUUGUACCCUAAUGCUGAUGAGAUAGCUUACUUGCAACGGCUUGUAACUUACAAGGACUCUGCAUUAAUUGUGCUAAAUAAGCCCCCUAAACUUCCAGUAAAGGGAAGCCUUCCUAUUCACAAUAGCAUGGAUGCUUUGGCAGCUGCUGCACUUUCUUAUGAUUAUGAUGUGGGCCCUAGACUGGUGCAUCAUCUUGAUAGGGAGAGCAGUGGCCUUCUUUUAAUGGGAAGAACAGAAGAAAGCAUCUCCCUUCUUCAUUUGUUUCUCAGUGACUCAGCAAAGAAGAAAUUUCAGUCAAAGGUGUUGCAUGACUCUUGUAAGGCAACACAUCGAAGAUAUUGGGCAUUGGUAAUAGGUUCCCCCAAAGAAAAGGACGGCUUAAUUUGUGCGCCUCUUUCAAAGAGUUCUCCGAAAUCCAAACAGACACCUACUGUUUGGAUAUACUUGGUGAAGAAAAAUGAAGACCCUGAUGGCUCCCUGUCGUUCUCCCGCAGGUGUCUCUUGACAACGGGAAAACUGAAAGGGUUAUCUUGGCUCACAACUCGAGCUUAGAAUCUUCCCAGGAGGCUAUUACAGAAUACCGUGUCAUGGGUCCAAUGAUCAACGGAUGUUCGUGGAUAGAAUUGCGUCCACAUACAAGCAGAAAACAUCAGCUACGUGUGCACUGUGCAGAAGGACUGGGUUGUCCCAUCGUGGGUGAUUACAAGUACGGCUGGUUUGUACAUAAAAAGUGGAAGCAGAUGCCGAGAGUUGACGUGGAGCCCACAACCGGGAAACCGUACAGAAUGAGGAGACCAGAAGGGUUGGAUGUGCAUAAAGGAAGUGUGCUGUCUAAGGUUCCGUUGUUGCAUUUGCAUUGCCGGGAGCUCCUGCUUCCCAACAUUGCCAAGCUUCUAGAAAUUCAUCAUGGUAAAACGUUAAAAAGCUUUACUAAUGUCAAUGGUAGCAACGACACAGUUUCAAAACCUGAUCUCCUUCGCUUUGUAGCUCCAAUGCCAUCUCAUAUGAAAAUUAGUUGGAAUCUCAUGUCGUCUUACUUGAUUUGAAAACAAUAAAAACUGAAUGAUAAUCAUUAACCUAUAUAUGUGAACCAUUUGAAGUUUUUUACUCUUCAUAUUGCUUCAUUUUUACUCGAGACAUUGAUUUUCUAAUUGACACCAAAAGCUGCAAAGAUGUUAUCAAUUCAACCUUCAUGAUUUUGGCAUAUUGGAC